AUGGCAGAGCCGCCGGAGCGCUAUGCACUGGUGAUGUGCGAUGCGCAGCCCGACUUGCUCAAUUCUCUGCCGGAGGAGGCCCGCAGCGAGCUGCUGCGGAACCUACAGCAGCUCCUGGAGGGCGCGCGGCGUGCCAACUGGCAGAUCGUGUUCACCGGCCUGCGCUUCCCCAGCGGCUAUGCCGGCGUGCCGAAGCGGCACCGGGUCUUCGGCGGGCUCCAGCGGCUCAACGAGAAGCAGGGCGACGAGCGAGUGCACUGGUUCAUGGAGGGCUUCCCUGGGACCGACAUCGCGCCAGAUUUGGCGCCCCUGGAGGGUGAAGAAGUGCUCUGGCGCCAGCGCAUGCGUCCCGAUGACCGGCUCUUAGACGUUCUGAGGGCGAAGAACAUCACCAAGGUGGCGGUGGCCGGGCUGAAGACGGGCCAAGGCGUGCUGCAGGCCGCCGAACUCCUGGCAGACGAUGGCCUGCUGCUGUACUUGGCGCCGCUCGUUCUCGCGCUUUCCGCGAAAUACGCCAUGAACAUUGAGGGCGUCGCAGUCAUGCUGCCAAAGAACUGCACGUAUUGCAGCGCCAAGCCCCAAAGAAGUGGGCUGAACCACUCCGCGUAG